UUUUUUUGUUCAUUAUUUUUUGGUUUUUUGUUUUUGUCGUUAUUUCUUAAGAAGAUUGUCAUUGCAGUAGUUGAGUUUUAUAUGAGGGCGGAAACCCACGUUCACGUUAAUAGUCUUUUGCAGCUGGCUAUACGUCAAGCCUGGAUAUAUAGUAUUCAGGUCUAUAGCUUGUUACCCAGAAAAAGAACAAAGCGAGAGCAAGACAGAUUUCCGAGUCUUUUGUCCUGUUUCAUUGAAUCUCCAGAUAUAAAUCGUGAUCCAUGCUGGUUUUUUAUUAGUUGCAUGAGAUUUAAGGGUCUUGAUUCUGGGUUUUUUUUUUCUUGGCUUGAUUCUGGGAAUUUUACUUCCAAGACAGAUACAUUUAUGUUCCUUUUUUCCCCUCGAAAUUUAGUCAACUUUUUGGUUGUUUCAUCUGUCAUCAAUUGCGAAGCCUGAAGCUUCUUCUUUAAAGCUUAAGUCUCAGGAAUUAUAUAUAUAUAUAUAUAUAUCUUUUUUUUUUGGGGGGCACAAAGUUGUUGAUCUAUUUGGUGGGUCUGUUUGAGUUUGAAGAAUUUGUGAUAGAAGCAGAAAAUGGCUACUGGUAGAAGAAGGAAGCAACAUUUUAGAAGAAUCCAUGCCUGCUCAUGUGGGAGGGCAUCAUUCAAAGGUGAACACUCACUGAUUGGAGGUCCUGGCUUCUCAAGAGUAGUCUAUUGCAACGAUCCUGACUGCUUUGAGGCUGCUGUACUCAAUUAUGGCAGCAAUUAUGUCCGAACUACCAAAUAUACACUUGCCAUGUUCUUCCCCAAAUCAUUGUUUGAGCAAUUCAGGCGGGUUGCAAAUAUGUAUUUUCUCAUCUGUGCAAUAUUGUCUUUCACACCACUCUCUCCUUACUCAGAUGUGAGUAAUGUUCUUCCUCUUGUUGUUGUGAUUGGAGUGACAAUGGGGAAAGAAGCACUUGAAGAUUGGAAGCGUAAAAAGCAGGAUAUUGAGGUGAAUAAUAGAAAGGUUAAAGUGCACCACAGUGAUGGCAUGUUUGAUAAUGCUAAAUGGAUGGAUUUGAAAGUUGGAGAUAUAGUGAGGGUGCAAAAGGAUGAAUUUUUUCCUGCUGAUCUCAUCUUGCUUUCUUCAAGUUAUGAGGAAGAAACUUGCUUCGUUGAGACUACGAAUCUAGAUGGAGAAACCAGUUUGAAAUUAAAACAAGCAUUGGAUGCAACUUCAAACUUCCAUGAAGACUCGAGCUUCCAAAAUUUCAAGGCUGUGAUAAAAUGUGAAGAUCCAAAUGCAAACUUAUACUCUUUUGUAGGAGGUUUGCAUCUUGAGAAACAAGAGCACCCUCUUGCGCCUCAGCAGCUCCUGCUUAGGGGCUCAAAACUCCGAAACACAGAUUUUAUUUAUGGGGUGGUAGUCUUUACAGGCCAUGAUACAAAGCUUAUGCAAAAUUCAACUGCUCCUCCUUCCAAGAGGAGUAAAAUUGAGAAAAGGAUGGAUAAGAUUGUCUACUUCUUGUUUUCCAUCAUAGUGUUGAUGUCUUUUAUUGGAUCAAUUUUCUUUGGAAUUUUAACCAGGGAGGACCUUGAAAAUGAAAGGAUCACAAGAUGGUACCUUGGACCAGAUGAGACAACAAAGUACUAUAACCCAAAGAGAGCACCGGUUGCAGCAAUUUUGCACUUUUUGACUGCCCUUAUGUUGUAUGGUUAUUUAAUUCCCAUUUCCUUAUAUGUUUCUAUAGAAAUUGUCAAAGUUCUUCAAAGUGUAUUUAUCAAUCAAGAUCUACACAUGUAUUAUGAAGAAGCUGACAAGCCAGCACGUGCACGUACCUCAAAUUUGAAUGAAGAACUCGGCCAAGUUAACACUAUACUUUCUGAUAAGACUGGAACUUUGACUUGCAACUCAAUGGAAUUCAUGAAGUGUUCUGUGGCUGGGAAUGCUUACGGGCGUGGAGUUACGGAAGUUGAGAGAGCUCUUGCUGGGAGAAAUGGGUCACCUUUAGCUCAAGAGGUGACAGAUGAAGAGGGCCCGGUUGAGGAUUCCACUGAAGCAAGGACAUCCACUAAAGGGUUUAACUUCAUAGAUGAAAGGAUCACAAAUGAUAGUUGGGUCAGUGAGCCUCGAGCUGAUGUAAUACAGAAGUUCCUGCAGUUACUUGCCAUCUGCCAUACUGCAAUACCUGAAGUUGAUGAAGAAACAGGAAAAAUUUCUUAUGAAGCUGAAUCACCAGAUGAGGCAGCUUUUGUGAUUGCAGCAAGAGAACUGGGGUUUGAAUUUCAUGAGAGGACUCGAACAAGCAUCUCACUGCAUGAAUUUGAUCCCAUCUCAAGCAGUAAAGUUGAAAGGUCUUACAAACUAUUGAAUAUCCUGGAAUUUAGUAGCUCAAGAAAGCGAAUGUCUGUGAUUGUAAGAAAGGAGGACGGAAGGAUACUACUCCUUUGUAAAGGUGCUGACAGCGUCAUGUUUGAAAGACUUGCAAAGAAUGGAAGGGAAUUUGAAGAAAAGACUAAGGAGCACAUUAAUGAGUAUGCUGAUGCUGGUUUGAGGACGUUGGUACUUGCAUAUCGAGAACUGGAUGAGGAAGAAUCCAAUGAGUUCAACACAGAAUUUAAUAAGGCCAAAAUCUCAGUGAGUGCAGAUCGUGAGGAAAUGAUGGAUGGAGUGGCAGAAAAGAUUGAGAAGGAUUUGAUUCUUCUUGGUGCCACUGCAGUUGAAGACAAACUUCAAAAUGGGGUUCCUGAAUGCAUUGACAGGCUUGCACAGGCUGGAAUCAAGAUAUGGGUUUUGACAGGAGAUAAAAUGGAGACUGCAAUCAAUAUUGGCUUUGCAUGUAGUUUGCUUAGACAAGGAAUGAAGCAAAUAGUAAUCAGCUCUGAGACACAGGAAAUCAAAGCGCUGGAAAAAGUGGGGGACAAGACUACUGUUGCUGAGGCAUUUAAGGAAAAUGUUCGCCACCAGAUAAGUGAGGGGAAAAAACUGCUUUCCACAUCAACUCAAAACUCAGGGGCACUGGCUUUGAUCAUUGAUGGGAAGUCACUCGCCUUUGCUUUAGAGUAUGAUGUCAAGGACAUGUUUUUAGAGCUUGCCCUUGGCUGUGCAUCCGUUAUUUGCUGCCGUUCUUCUCCCAAACAAAAAGCACUUGUUACUAGACUGGUCAAAAUUACAACAGGUAACACAACUCUAGCAAUUGGUGAUGGAGCAAAUGAUGUAGGAAUGCUUCAAGAAGCAGAUAUUGGAGUUGGAAUCAGUGGUGUUGAGGGAAUGCAGGCAGUCAUGUCAAGUGACAUUGCAAUUGCUCAGUUCCGGUAUUUGGAGCGCUUGCUUCUUGUGCACGGACAUUGGUGUUACAGAAGGAUCUCAUCAAUGAUAUGCUAUUUCUUUUACAAGAACAUUGCUUUUGGCUUCACUCUCUUCUUCUUUGAGGCUUAUGCAUCAUUCUCGGGCCAACCUACAUACAAUGAUUGGUAUCUUUCACUCUAUAAUGUCUUCUUCACGUCGCUUCCUGUGAUAGCCUUAGGAGUUUUUGACCAGGAUGUCUCUGCACGGCUUUGUGUUAAGUUCCCUCUGUUGUACCAAGAAGGUGUCCAAAACAUCCUAUUUAGCUGGUUACGGAUCCUUGGCUGGGCAUUCAAUGGGGUGCUGGGCGCUACUGUGAUAUUCUUCUUUUGCAUCCGUGCAAUGGAGCAUCAAGCCUUUCGUAAAGGUGGGGAAGUUGUAGGAUUGGAAAUACUUGGAACCACCAUGUACACUUGUGUUGUGUGGGUGGUGAACUGUCAGAUGGCACUAUCCAUAAACUAUUUCACGUAUGUACAGCAUCUCUUCAUUUGGGGUGGUACUAUAUUCUGGUAUAUGUUCCUCUUGGCAUAUGGAGCAAUCGACCCCAACAUUUCAAAAACUGCAUAUAAGGUCUUUAUUGAAGCAUGUGCACCAACCCCCUUUUUUUGGCUCCUCACAUUGAUUGUGAUGGUCGCUUCUCUCAUCCCAUAUUUCACUUAUGCAUCCAUCCAAGCGCGGUUUUUCCCCAUGUAUCAUCAGAUGAUACAGUAUAUAAGAACAGAUGGGCAAUUAGAAGACCCUGAAUACUGUGAAAUGGUGCGGCAGAGAUCAAUAAGGCCCAUAACAGUAGGAUAUACCGCCCGUUUUGAGGCAAGCCCAAACGAUUCGGGCCAUUGACGAAAGUAUUUUUGUGAAGGUUCUUAGCAAAACUAGGUAUAGAAAUGUUGAAAAGACAAGUUUCUUUUCAAUGUACAUAACUUGUGUGGAGGUGAUCCUUUAAGUUGAUGAAAAUGUGCCAGAGGUGAUGAUUUGAAAAAAAUGGUUUACUCGUGUCCUAUAAAUUUUUGGUUAGGAGAAUUCUGUUUUGUGAGCUCCCAAAAAUUUUCAAUGUUUUGGCAGCUUUCAGAUCUUAUGUAAUUUUAUAUCAUUCCUGUUUGAUGCACUAAACGUAUCAUAAUACAGAUAAGUAAUUGAUUCACAUUGGAGCUUUCUUUUGUCCAUCUGUAAGAAUAUUAAUGUCUUUGCCUCUGUACUUGAUGGACUUCGCUAGCAGAUGUUUGACAUAGAAAGCUUAAAUGGGAUAACCUUAUCAAAGCCAAUGAUGCUUUCUCCUUUUGUGUCUUUUGAUUGAACUUCUGAAGACUAGGUCAAGAUCUUGGAGUAGCUUGUGGAGUAGUACCAUUUUCAUUGUUUUUAGUAGUGUUGCACUUGGUUUAGCUGGGGAAGCGUGUCUGUUGCUUGGAGCUACACAGGUCUAACUAAGAAAACGGCUAGUGGAAAAAGAACAAGCUGUAUUUUCUCAGGAUUUGUUGAUUGGAAAACAUGGCUUAUCAAAGGGUGCUCAA